UAUCCGUCCCCGCUCCGAAAGUCGCUUCCCCGCCUCCCUGCCGGAGCCCGAGCGGCGGCGGGGCUCGGAGAGGCUGAGGAAGUGCGGGGUGAAAAAGAAAGAGAAACAGGCGGGCAGGGCUCGCCCGGCCGCGGCGGAGCGGCCAUCUCGGCUGGGAGCGGGGCCGCAUCCAUGGAGUUACCGGGCGGGCGCUCCUAAAGGAGGGCCCCGGCGGCGCGGCCCCGGCAAUGACACCGGAUUGAGGCGGCGAGGGGGGCUCUCCCGGCCGGGGACUGCGGGAGCAUCCCCCGCCCCCCGCCUCCUCCCCGCCCGUAACCCGAGAGACCGGCUCAACUCUUGGAGGACACUCUCCUGGCAAAGAUGGAAGAGAAACGACGCAAGUACUCGAUCAGCAGUGAUAACUCAGACACCACUGACAGUCACACAACCUCCGCCUCCAGAUGCUCCAAGAUUCCAAAUACCAAAUCCCCCUGGUCACGGCAGAAGGAGAAGAAACCCUCUGAGGUUUUCCGUACGGAUCUGAUAACAGCCAUGAAGAUCCCUGACUCCUUCCAGCUGAGCCCCGAUGAGUACUACGUCCUGGCCGAUCCCUGGAGGCAGGAGUGGGAGAAGGGUGUCCAGGUGCCAGCAAGUGCUGAGGCCAUUCCUGAGCCUGUGGUCAGGAUCAUACCCCAGCUGGAGAGCUCACCUUCACAGGUUUCACCGAGCAGCCUGCCUGGCUCUGAGAUUUCAGAAGCUACGAGGACUUACCUGCAAGGAAUGAGCCGCUAUGACCUGGAUGAGCUAGAUGCUUGCUGGUUGGAACUUGUUAAUAUGGAGCUCAAGGAGAUGGAAAAGCCUGAGCUGGAUGAGAUCACCCUGGAGCGAGUGCUGGAGGAGCUGGAGACCAUGUGCUAUGAGAACAUGAACAUCGCCAUCGAAACAGAGGAGGGUUUGGGCAUCGAGUACGACGAGGACGUGGUGUGCGACGUGUGCCGCUCGCCAGAGGGGGAGGAUGGCAACGAGAUGGUGUUUUGUGACAAGUGCAACGUCUGCGUGCACCAGGCGUGCUACGGCAUCCUGAAGGUGCCCAUCGGGAGCUGGCUGUGCCGGACCUGUGCCCUUGGGGUUCAGCCAAAGUGUCUACUGUGCCCGAAGAGGGGGGGAGCACUGAAGCCCACCCGGAGCGGGACGAAAUGGGUCCACGUUAGCUGUGCCUUAUGGAUACCUGAAGUUAGCAUUGGAUGUCCUGAAAAAAUGGAACCCAUUACGAAGAUCUCUCAUAUCCCAGCAAGCAGAUGGGCUUUGUCCUGCAGCCUUUGCAAGGAGUGCACUGGGACUUGUAUUCAGUGCUCCAUGCCCGCCUGUGUCACCGCGUUCCACGUCACCUGCGCCUUCGACCACAACCUGGACAUGCGGACUAUCCUAGCAGACAACGACGAAGUGAAGUUCAAGUCCUUCUGCCUUGAGCACAGCACCGGUGCCACUAAGCUGCCCGAGGAGGCACGGACAGAGCCUGACCAAGCCCAGCUGGACUUGGAGAAGGUCACGCUGCGGAAGCAGAAGCUCCAGCAGCUGGAGGAGGACUUCUAUGAACUCGUGAAGCCUUCAGAGGUGGCAGAGAACCUGGACUUGAGCGAGUCGCUGGUGGAUUUUGUCUACCAGUACUGGAAGCUGAAGAGGAAAGCAAACUCCAACAAACCGCUGCUGACACCAAAAACAGAUGAAGUGGACAACUUGGCCCAGCAGGAACAGGACGUUCUCUACCGACGCCUAAAGCUCUUCAUGCACCUCAGGCAAGACCUGGAGAGGGUUAGAAAUCUCUGUUACAUGGUGACGAGACGGGAGAAAAUGAAGCACACCAUUUGUAAACUGCAGGAGCAGAUCUUCCAUCUCCAGAUGAAGCUUAUUGAGAAAGAUCUUUACCCAGGCUUAUCAACCUCCUUCCCCAUCGACGGGACCUUCUUCAACAGCUGGCUGGCGCAGUCGGUCCAGAUCACUGCUGAGAACAUGGCCAUGAGCGAGUGGUCCCUCAACAACGCUCACCACGAGGACAGCACCCCUGGCCUCUCCGAGGAGCUCCUGCAGGACGAGGAGACCUUGCUGAGCUUCAUGAUGGACCAUUCCCUGCGGUCCCCGUUCAAGCAGAGCGAGGCCACAAAGAAAGUGAAAAGCAAAACAAGAACGAACACUAAGAAAAAGCUGCCCCGGAGCAGCCCCCCGGCUCUGGGUGGGAGCCACCCGGAGAGCUCGGAGCUAUGGACUAACAGCACCGGUGACUUGUCGGAUGAUGCCACCAAGCCCUUCGCUUCGGAUUCCAGACCGAGCAAGUCAGAGAAAGGGGCUGUGAAGCUUCCCACCGACCGCAAAGGGACGGGCGAGGUGAAAAAGGCGGCCAAGAAGGGCUCUCUCCCGAAAGCCAGUGAGCCUCAUCCUGGGGCGCGGGGCUGCGUGAGCAAGGAGGAGGAGGAGGAUGAGGAUGAGGAGCCGCCGCGCUGCGCUCAGCCGGAGCCCAGCCCCGCGCCCAAAGUGCCUGACUCCGUAGGUAGCCCCAAAACCGUCGUGCGGUUUAAAUUACCAAAGGAGAGCCGAGGGCCGAGGCGGUCGCAGCCCCCCAAGCCCGACGGCGCCGGCGGAGCUCCCUUGCGUCACUUCGACACCGAGACGGACGGCUACUUCUCCGACGCCGAGAUGAGCGACUCGGAUGUGGAGCCCCGCAGGGCGCAGCGGGGCCAGCUGGAUGCGGCCGGCGAGGACAUCGUCAGGAUGAGCAUCCUGGCGUCCUAACUCCUCCCCGGCACGGCUCGCGCGAGGCCUCACACCCAGUUCCAACUGCCAUGUCCAAUUCCUGCCUGGGAUCAUAGCGGGGGGGGGUUUUUACUAUGUGUAUAUAGUUGGAAAUUCGGCACUGUUGUCUUUCUCUUCUCUGUACGCCUGAGAUACAGCUUCAGCUUCACCGACAUCGAUGACCAUGACAGUGGUGGUCCCUCCCCGGCUCCCUGCCAGACCCCGCUUCCCAGGAAUGCGAGCCGGCACCCAGCAGGACCCAUUAGGGUGCCAAGGGCGGAGGGUGCUGGUACCCAUGCUCUCUGCAGGGAUGGCAGUGUAAUUAAUGGGCAUUAUUUAAUGAGGGGCAGAUUCCUGCCCGGGAUGGUUGCCCCCGGAGCAGGGAGCGAGCAGAGGGUAUGGUAGUGGCUAGCUGCGGGAGGGGAUGUACCCACUUGGGUACGUGUAGAUGAGGAAGUAAAUAAGUGAUGCUAAAAUAAAUACUGACUAAAGCACAAAAGCUUGUUGGAGGGAAGCCCGUGGGGUGGAAGAUGGCAAUGUUAGUUUCUGGUUUUAGGGAAAAUCCCCUUCAUCGUGAUUUUUCCCGUCCUUUUUCCAUCUGGUCGGGAUCCGUCCAGGAGCCAGGAUGUGAAAUUUCUCCUUACCCCUGCCCCAUGGGUCGACCCCCUUGAGGUCACUGUUAAAACCGAUGCGAUUGACUCAGGUGAAUGGAUAUACUGAGAGUAAUGGGAAAUGGAAUGUGGGGCAGGAUGAAGGAGAAAAGCAUCCUCUCUAAACACCAUGGGAAGCUGGGGUUAACCUGCGAGGCUGAGCAAAGUUUUCCUGCCCAUGCUUCUCUCCAAUGGCUGCCGUGGUCCCACUGACAUUUGAAACCCCCUUUGCACAAUGGAACACUCGGCCCCGAGGCCGAACAGACCAUCACCGAGGGGAAAUGGAAACACUCGCCUUCACCAGUUUGUUUUCCUACUAAACCCUACAAUGGAAACGGUGAAUUGAUUCCUCCCUAUCCCUUUCUUUGUUAUUUAAUUCCUUCAAUCCUGGGUACAAGCUGUUGACUCGUUGUGGGAGAGUGAUUCACAGAAGCUGACAUUAUAAAUAGUACAAUAAUUUAAUGCAUAAAACGUCCCCAAUAAGCCUUAAAUGUUGUUUAAAAGCCCCUGGUUACCUACAAGUCAGGCGAAUUUCCAUGUUUGCACUUAAUUGCACCAUUACUUCGGUUUUGGCUUCAAAGGUCACAGUUAAAGUCGUGCUACGUGUUUUAUUGGAGUGACCCCAGUGUGAGCUCAGGGAACAAAAAGAAAAACACACACAAAAAAAAACACAAAAAAAGGAAAAAAAAAAAGGAAUUCACUGAAACUUUUGUUGUUGUUGUUUUUUAAAAAUAAAAAAGUAUUUAAAAAAAGAAGAAAAAAAAGAAAAAAAAAAGAAACCAGAUAACCCAAAACCUGGGACACUUCCGCAACCAGUUCAACCCAUCACAAAACAAGCAACCCUGCAAUUGUCAGACCAAUCCGUCAACCAGUUUUGUGGAUGCCAAAGAAUCUUUUGACAGUCAAACAGCACAGCCAGAACCCGGAAACUUGUCACAAUAGGAAAUAAUACCAAUUGGAAGUUCAAUUUAACAACAAAGGACUAAAGACACACUCAUAACACACUGCUGCGGCGUUAGGUUCCAAGCUUGCUCCGAGGGAUGCUGCUGCUCCGAGACCGCAUCCUGCCGUUUUGGUUUCCAGUGCUUUUUGCUCAUUUCACUGUGAGCUUUCUGUUUUGAAACUCUGAGACUCCUUCAAUUGACGUUUUAGGGUAGAUCAUCUGUUACCAGCCUUCCAAAGUCCUGAUUAGUGAUUAAAUUGCAGCAGAGAUAAGCGAUGACAGCCUAGCUCAUCCCAGGCAUGGCAAAGGGGCUUGGGCUUCAGGUCGGAUACUUGCACCCAGCCCUGGCUAAGCCCAACACUAUCCUGGCUGAGACUGACCAUGCCUGGGAAGGAAUCUUCCUCAGAUGGGAAAAAUGGGACACAAGUUAUUAGUGGGGGGGGAAGAAAAGGGAAAAAAAUCAUCAGAAAAUCAACAAAAUGGGAACCACCUUUGUUAUAAAUUAGCAUAAUCCAUUGAGGUUGGGAAUGAAAAUCUCAGUAAUUAAGGCUCAGUAUGUUCGGAUAAUGUUAAAUACAGUAAAUAGGACUUAGUUUAUCUUAUCAGGCUUGCUAGCUUUAGCUACAGUAUCCUAGUAUAAGAGUCAUAACAAUAAUCAAUAUGCUGCCUUUUAAUGAAUCUUGCUUCCGUGUGCUUCACUCAAUUAUGGUUAAAUCAGAAAAAGCAAUCCACAAGUUUCACUGUACACAGCUCCAUUCAUCAGCUUCUGCACUACUUGUCUUCUCAGUACAGGAAAGCAAAGAGGGGGAGACUUUAAAGAACAACCAACCCAGCGCCACCAGCACCAGACAAUAAACCAGCUGCAAACACCCCCGAAAUACCAGGCACUGUAUUUUGCCAUUGGGAGAUGGUGUUUAGGUAGGGAAAGGUUAAGGGAGCUGGUGGGGCAUGUCCAACCUGGGGAGAAGAACGGGUUAAGGGGGAUGGAGAGGAGAAAAGGGGCUCUUGUGAGCCACAGGCUGGGUGAGGACUGGACCACUCUGGUGCAUCCCCUGCCCAGAGCAUCCUCACCACCGCCUUGGAACAGGGUAACCUGGCGUUUCCAAGAGAAAAUGCACAAGGAAAAUAUUUUUGAUGUACUGUAAAUGUAUUUUGAAAUGAAUAGAAAAAAAAAUAAUUACUAUAAAAGGGUUUAUUUUAGUAGAGAAAUAUUGUCUUUUAAGAUGUAUAAACUACAGGAAUUGACAUUUGCACUGUAAGAGCACCCGUUUCCUUGGAGAGGCAGCAGCCGCUGAGAUGAGGAUGCAAAGAGCAUCAUGCCCUCAUCAUGGAGCACAGCCCCAACGUCAACCCCAGCCCUGAUGGUGGUGGGAGUUCCCUGAGGACAGCUCCCAUUCCACACACCCAUUUUCCCCAUUCCCAUUUUUUAGUUCCUUCUAACUUUUUUUGCUUUUGCACCUAUUUCCCUGGGGCUGGGUGCCUGCUGUCCGUGGAGCUCAUCCCAAGGCGGGUGCAGAACGGAGCCGGGAGGCGAGAGCAGGAUGUGGGAGGAUGCUGCUGCAGGACAGGGCAGGAGGUUUGGUUGUUCUUUAAGGAGCUCACCCCGCAGUUUGCACCAUUCCACAUACAAACAGACCGACUUCACAUCAGUUACAGGAAACGAUAUGAAUGUCGCAGGAGGAGAAACCCUUCUGUUUUCUUUGUUUCAAAGAACGUGAUGUGCCAUUUGUUAAUACAAAAGAGAAAUAUUGAAAAUAUAUUGAAAAGAGCAAUUUUAAAUUAUUUUUGGCUUAUGUUGCAAUAUUUAUUUUCUUGUAUUAGAAAUUCCUUUGUAGAGAAAAAAUGUAUUUUUCAUUAAUGCAAAAACCUAUUUCUCCUUUUUGUACAUUUUCCAUGUUAGUUAAUCCUUAAAGCAAUAUAAUGUUCUCAAACUCGUUCUGUGUGAGACUGUAUUAUGCAUGCUAUUUGUGUUGCCUUGGAAUAGCUCUGUCUGCCGUUAUUUUCAUCCUGUUUAGAUACAGUGUAUGCUUUAAUACACAUUGGGACCAUGGCCCAUUGCUUAUGAAAAAAUCCCUUUGCAUUCCUCAAUGUGUUGGCAAAUGCAGUCAAUAAAGCAGUGUUUUCUGUGUA